AUGGACCUGAUUCCAAACUUUUCCACAGAAACAUGGGCACUGCUGGCUACCAUCCUGGUGCUCCUCUACCUGUAUGGAACCUCUUCUCAUGGACUUUUUAAGAAGCUGGGGAUUCCUGGCCCCAAACCUCUGCCUUUUGUUGGGACGAUGCUUAACUAUAAGAUGGGCAUAUCACAAUACGAUAUAGAAUGCCAUAAAAAGUAUGGAGAUAUAUGGGGGAUAUAUAAUGGGCUGGUCCCUGUGCUGAUUAUCACAAAACCAGAUAUGAUCAAGAAUGUGCUAGUGAAAGAAUUUUAUUCUAGCUUCACAAAUCGACAGUCUAUUGGUCCACCUGGAUUUAUGAAAAAAGGUAUAGUAAGAUCUGAGAAUGAAGAAUGGAAAAGAAUUCGAUCAUUGCUGACACCAACCUUUAGCAGUGGAAAACUGAAGGAUAUGUUCCACAUCAUCCAAGAGUAUGGAGAUGUGCUGGUGAAAAACAUGAGUCGGGAAGUAGAGAAGGGCAAGAGUGUUACCAUGAAAGACAUCUUUGGGGCCUACAGCAUGGAUGUGAUCACUGGUACCUUAUUUGGAGUGAAGGUGGAUUCCCUCAACAAUCCCCAGGAUCCCUUUGUGAGAAACACCAGAAAGCUUUUUGUAAUUGAUUUUUUCAAUCCAUUGGCUUUCUCUCAAGCACUCUUUCCAUUCCUUUCCAGAAUAUAUAACAAAUUAAAUGUCUGCAUAUUUCCAAGUGAUGCUACAUCAUUUUUUAAGAAAUUUAUAGAAAAGACCAAAAAAGAUCGACUUGAAAAUACCCAAGAGCACCGAGUGGAUUUUCUUCAGCUGAUGAUGGACUCCCAGAAUUCCAAGGACAUGGAGUCCCAUAAACCUCUUUCUGAUCUGGAGAUCCUGGCCCAAUCAAUCACAUUUUUUUUUGCUGGCUAUGAGACAACAAGCACUGCUCUUUCCUUUAUUACGUAUUUACUGGCGAUUCACCCCAAUGUUCAGAAGAAACUUCAGAAUGAGAUUGAUACAGUCCUGCCCAAUAAGGCACCUGCCACUUAUGAAGCCCUGGUAGAGAUGGAAUAUCUGGACAUGGUGGUGAAUGAAACUCUGAGAUUAUACCCAGUUGCUAACAGGGUUAACAGGCUCAGUAAGAAAGAUGCUGAAAUCAAUGGUGUGUUCAUUCCCAAAGGGACACAGGUGGUCAUACCUAUCUAUGUUCUUCACCAAGACCCAAGAUACUGGCCAGAGCCUGAGAAAUUCCAUCCUGAAAGGUUCAGCAAGGAGAAUAAAGACAGAAUCAAUCCUUAUACAUAUCUGCCUUUUGGAUAUGGUCCUAGAAACUGCAUUGGUAUGAGGUUUGCUCUCAUUAACAUGAAGCUUGCUAUUGUCAAAAUCCUGCAGAACUUUUCCCUACAUCCUUGUGAAGAAACAGAGAUUCCCUUGAUAUUAGGUAAGAAAAUCACUCAUGCUCCAGAAAAGCCAAUUGUCCUGAGGAUUAUAUCAAGAAAUGGAGCCGUAAAUGAAGGUUGA